AUGGAGAAACCAUACCCACCGCCCGCAGAGGGCAAUGUGAAUCUAGGGCCGGCUAUGCUGGCCACGACGGCGGUGAUCGUCGGGCUUACGACUAUUGUUGUGGCGCUCAGGUUGGCGGUGAGGAUAUGGAUCACGAAGAUUUUCUGGUGGGAUGAUUGGACGAUUUUGUUUGCUAUUCUGGGCAACAUUAUCGGCGCCGGCCUCGAUUUUGUGGAAAUUCACUACGGAUUCGGAAGGCCGCAGUACUACCUUACGGAAUGGCAACUCAUCGAGUUCAAGAAAUAUACGUAUGGAGAGUGGAUCCAGACGUUUUUUACUUUGAUGUGGACGAAGGUCUCCAUAUGUCUCUUCCUCCUUCGAAUCCCGGUCACUAAACGACUCAUUCGCCCGUUGCAAGCAUCGGUUGUGUUCUUGUUGGUGUCGAAUGUUGUCUUGACUAUCAUUUGGAUCGCUCAGUGCAAACCCGUGGAUAGAGCGUGGAAUGAACAUAAGAAAGGGUCGUGCUUGAGUAAGGGAGAGCUGCAAAGAGUCAUUAUGGCACAGGCCAACGGUGGUACAACGAAUUGGUUCUGGAGAACUUUCGAGGUACAGAUCGGGAUCAUCGCUGCCUGCACACCAGCACUCCGCCCUGGAUACAAAUGGCUCCGACACAAGAUCACCGGGGAGAAAUUCAGCCAGGAAGACACGAGGCUUACAGAACAGGUUCAUCUGCAGCCUGUCCGGACGCCAAAGCCAUUAUACAAGUCCAAACAUAUAUCAUCGGAUGAUGAAUCAACUAACCCUAGUGAUGCGCCUUAUGCAUCUGUUUGA